AUGGCAAGAUCCAAAAAGAAGCAAGUUGAAGAAGUGGAGGACGAACCGGAGUACGAUGUAAAAGAAAUCCUCAACUACAUCAGAUUCGAGGACGCCUGGAUUUCGCACAUGAACUACCGCCGGGGCAUCUACAAGACCAUGAACGCGCCAUGGAAAAUCUUCGCGCCCGAAACGUUCGACAAAACUGUGCACUGCCCAUAUUUAUUCCGCGUAUCUUGGGAAGGCUAUGAGGUCGACUCGAACUCGUGGGAGCCCGAAAGAAACAUGAUCAACACGCUGGCCUAUCACAGGUACCAAGAGCGCCAUGGGCUGCCGCGGCUUCCGAAGCUCCGCAAACGUUUCCGCUGGGACGAUGAGGCCCUGACGCACCCGUCACUCUACCUUGACCAGAAGUACUACGACCUGCUGAUGGAGCGCCAACACCUGAUGGCCCGUAAAAUCGCGCAGCUGAGGGCAAGGACCAACGCCCAGAAGAGAUCGCAAUCAAUCAGCUUCAUGGAGCGCCGACCCCCACGCACGGGUUGUACCGUCGAAGACACGCCGGCCGGUGACUACGUGAUCCGGAACCCGUCCACGGAGGUGCUCUUCCCCCACAAGGAAGCC